AUGCCUUUUGAUCUUGAGAAAUUUUUAGGUGCACCCAGGGAGCACCUGAAUACACUACAGGAAGCUAAGAAGGACCAGCUUCGCCAAAUAGCUGUAAGGGCAAGAAUAUCUGUAGGUCAUGCUGUGGUGAAAGCUGAACUAUUGGGAAAGAUCUUAGAUUUCCUGAUAAAUAGUGGUAACAUAACUGAAGAAGAGGCUCUUCCCUUAAGGCCUUUAACACUUGAACGAGGUGCUGCUCGUACAGUUACUACAACUGAAGACCCAGAGAUAGUGAAAUUGAAACUCCAACUUGAACUGCAGCAGCGAACAGUAGAAGCUGCAAAUGCCGCAGCAGCAGCUGAACAUAAAAGGCUUGAAGCUGCAAAUGCCGCAGCAGCAGCUGAACAAAAAAAGGUCGAAGCUGCAAAUGCUGCAGCAGCAGCUGAACAAAGGAAGGUAGAAGCUGAGCAAAGAAGACUUGAACUAGAACGAAAAGAAAGAGUUCUGUUGGAAAAGGAACUAUCAGCCAUAAGAAUAGAAGAAAGGUUGGCAGAAAAACAGCUACCUGAUGCUUUUGAUCUUAGUAAAGCACGCAAACUCCUGCCUGUCUUCGAUGAAAAAGAUCCUGAUGUAUUUUUCAUUACUUUUGAAAACACUGCAACGUCUCUCAACUGGCCUAGAGACCAAUAUGUUCUCUUAAUCAGAAACUCCUUCAAAGGAAAAGCUGCAUAUGUGGCAGCACAACUUGUCCAAGAAAGGGAUUAUGAAGUCUUUAAAACUGCUAUAUUGGAUGCUUAUAGUGUUACAGCAGAAGGGUAUAGACAAAUCUUCAGACAAAACUUUAAGAAGAACCAAGCUCACACGUAUCUCGAGUUUUUCACAUUGAAGUUGAAGCAGAAUAAUAAAUGGAUAGAUAAGGAACAAAUAACUACUUUAGAACAAUUAAAGAAUUUAAUAGUUUUAGAGGAAUUCCUGAGGCGUAUUCCAGCUAAUGUGUCAAUGUUUAUUAGAGAAAAACAAGAAAAAGAUGGAAAAAGGGCUGCCCUAUUAGCUGAUGAUUAUCAUCUCAUUCAUAAACUUAAACCACAUUCGUCCUCUCCUUCAUCUGCCCCCCAGGUUUGUACUUUUUGUAAGAAAGAAGGUCAUCAUAUUAAAGACUGUCCUAGUCCCAAAUGCAAAGCAUCUCAUGGUAAGGCUUCUCCUAAUGCUUUUACUCAAGGACCCAAACCAGGGAAUACUGCAAAUAAAACGACACUUCACUGUGCUCAACCUUUAUCAGACUUUACAGCAUUUACAUAUCCUGGUAAAGUAAAUGAUAUCCCAGUGCAAAUUUUGAGAGAUACAGGGUCAUCUCAAACUAUCAUUAGCUCAAAGUUGAAAGAUUUAGCUAAACCAACAGAUCAGUAUGUAACUGUGUCGGAUUUGACUUGUCAAAAGGUUUUACCUAUUGUACAGAUUUCUCUUGAUUGUCCUUAUUUUAAAGGUUCAACUAAUGUCGCCUUGUUGGAUUCUGACCUGCCUUGCAAGAACAUAGACAUGAUACUUGGUAAUGACUUGGUUCAAACUAACAGUACUCCUAGUCUUAUCAUUACUCAGCCUGAAGUAGUGAUCGAAAAAGCUUGCAAAGAGUUUUCUCCUGUGGUAGAGCUUCCCUGCCAAGUAGUCACCAGGUCUACAACCUCAACUUCUAGAGACACUGAACACACAGGUAAGGUGGAUCAAAGUACCUUAGGUGAAAAAGUCCUUGCUGAUCUUGUUGAUAUUCCCUCAGAUGAAUUUGUAGAGUAUCAAAGGUCUGAUGAUAGUUUGAAAGAAUACUUUGAUAAAGUAAAAGAUGAUGUUGAUGAAAGUAAGUUACCAUAUUUCUAUCUUGAUAAUAACAUCCUUAUGAGACGUUAUAGGCCUUUGAAGAUUGCAGGACAAAAUUCCUGGCAUGAUAGUUACCAGCUAGUAGUUCCUUCUAAUCUUCGUGCAGCCUUAUUGGAUCUUGCUCAUUCAGCAGAGUCUCAUCUAGGCAUUUCUAAAACCUAUAAGCGUUUGCUGGACGAUUACUACUGGCCUGGUAUGAAAGCUGAUGUAAAGCACCACAUAGAAUCUUGCCAUCCCUGCCAGGUAACAGGUAAACCAAUUCAGAAAAUACCUCCAGCACCAUUAGUUCCUAUUACUGUACCUAAUUCUCCUUUUGAAAAGGUAAUUGUAGAUUGUGUUGGUCCACUUCCAAAAACUAAAAAACAAAAUGAGUACAUUUUAACUGUGUUGUGCCCAACUACUAGAUUUCCUUUAGCCAUACCUAUAAAAAACAUAUCUGCUAGAACUAUUAUUGUUAAUCUUCUUAAAAUAUUCACCAUUUCUGGUUUUCCAAAAGAGCUUCAGUGUGAUCAGGGGACUAACUUCACUAGUGAUUUGUUUAAGCAAACUUUAAAGCAGUUAAACAUCCCCCAUAUUUUUGCUUCAGCUUAUCACCCUCAGACUAAUGGAGCCCUCGAACGUGUACACCAGACCAUUAAAAGCCUCCUGCGCAAGUACAUUUGUGAAACUGGACGAGACUGGGAUGAAGACCUGGAUCUGCUUAUGUAUGUACUUAGGAGUACACCUAAUGAGUCGACUGGAAUUUCUCCCUUCGAGAUGAUGUUCGGCCGUAGACCUAGGACAAACCUUAGUAUGGUAAAAGAAAACAUCCUAAGAGGUACUUACAAAGACCAGCAAGUAAGUAUUCCACAAUACCUUCAAAGUCUUAAGGUUAAAUUUGACCAUAUUUAUGAAUUUGCCAAUCUGAAUUUAACUAACAGUCAGAUUCGAAUGAAAAACCAUUACGAUAAAAAGGUCAGAAUUAGAACUUUCAAAGUAGGAGAUGAUGUACUUGUAUAUCGACCAGUUCCAGGAGCUCCAUUGAGAGAAAAAUUUAUGGGUCCGUAUAAAAUCACUAAAAGGGUCUCUAAAACAACUUAUGCAAUUGAAAAUCCAGACAAAAGGAAACCUAGCCAGUUAGUGCCCAUUAAUCUAAUAAAACCAUACCAAUCUGCAAAGAUUUCUCCACAGGUAGUUCACCUGUUAAGUAGAGAGAUUGAUCACUCCACUCAUAACUCAAGGAUAACUACUCCCAUCGAGACUUCUCUUAGCACGAAAAACCUAGUACCCGAGGCAGUUGAUAAUGAUAAACUUUUAGCUCCUCUUGAACCAGACGAAGAAGAAACUUUGGCUCAUAAUCAUAUUUUGUCAUGGAAAGAUGCUAGUAACUCACAGAUUCUUUCUUUACUUUCACAGUAUCUUGGUCAUCUUCCUAAGGUGGAAAGGGAAGAAUUAGAGGCUGUUCUGAAGUCUUAUCCUGCAAUAUGUUCAGACACUCCUGGUUGCUGUACCUUGGUGAAACAUGAUGUUGUGCUAGAACCAAACACCAAUCCCGUUCGUCAACCUUUUUAUCGGGUGUCCCAUCGUUUAUUACCAGCCUUGAAGGCUGAGGUUGAGUAUUUACUAAAACUAGAUUUGGCUGCACCAAGUAAGUCUCCCUGGGUAUCGCCUUGUAUUUUAGUCAAAAAGCCUAACAAUUCCUAUCGUAUGUGUACGGAUUAUAGAAAGGUUAAUUCUGUAACAGUCAAGGAUGCUUAUCCAUUACCUAGAAUUGCAGAUAUUAUUGACUCUGUGAGUAAUUCUAAAUACCUUACCCAGAUUGAUCUCUUGAAGGGUUAUUAUCAAAUUAAAUUAACAGAUAGGGCAAAAGAGAUAUCAGCCUUUAUAACACCUUUUGGUCUCUUUGAAUACAAAGUUUUGCCAUUUGGGAUGACUAAUGCUCCAGCUACAUUCCAAAGGAUGGUCCAUGAAGUUACACGUGGUUUGGAGGGUGUGUAUGUCUAUUUGGAUGACAUCGUAAUUGCUAGUAACUCCUGGGACGAACACCUCAAGAUCUUAAAAGAACUCUUCAAAAGACUCCUUAAAGCUAACCUCGUUAUUAAUUUAGCCAAGAGUUCAUUUGGUAAGGCAAAAGUUACAUACCUAGGACAUGUCAUUGGCAGUGGCUCCAUAUUACCCAAGGAUACUAAUGUAAAGGCUAUAACUUCAUUUCCCACUCCUAGUGAUAAAAAAGAACUCAAAACUUUCUUAGGUAUGGUGUCAUAUUAUUCAAAGUUUUGUCCUAAUUUUACCAUCAUAACUUCUCCUCUACAUGCCUUGACAUCUAGCAAAGUAAGGUUUCACUGGACACAGGAUCACGACAAGGCCUUCCAGCAGCUAAAGUUAUUCAUGACUUCAUCUCCUUUGUUGCAAGCUCCUAAUCUUGCUAAACCUUUUUUUUUAUACAGGUAGAGGCUUGUAAUACUGGAUUUGGUGGUGUCCUACUGCAAGAAAUCAAUGGGACCAGUACUUUUCCUCCUUUGUUGGAACACCUGCUGCCAGUAUCUUAUUACUCGGGAGCAUUCAAAGGCACUCAACUAAGAUGGCCUACCAUCAAAAAAGAAUUAUAUAGUCUUGUAGCAACAGUCCUUCAUUUUCGUCCAUAUCUGGAAGGUGCUGCACGCGUCGUCAUUUACACCGACCACAAACCCCUUACCUUCCUCGAAAGGGCCAAGCUUAACAACAAGAAACUUCUUCGAUGGUCAUACAUCUUGUCUUCCUACAACAUUGAGAUCCACAGCAUUCAAGGAUCAAACAACACCAUCGCC